AAAGGUUGUUGAAUUACCUCUACGAGCUCUAUUAUUUACUUAUGCCUAAUUUACAAAUGAGCAUCCAGUGGUCUGUAAAUUGGACGUCGGUCGUUCUAAUCCUUCUGACAUAUUUUCUAGGUAAAUGGCGCAAGUGCUUGUUCGUCUGAAGAUGACGGAGCCGUUUUAAGCGCAACAGUGACAGAGCUAAUGGAAACAUCAAGUGAUUCAGAUGAUUCGAUGAUGACGAGAUAUACCAAAUAAUUAUGGAUCAUUCUGAUAGCGAAGAUGAUAAUAUAUUGGAGGAGCUAUUGAGGGAUGGGGAGAGGAAAAAGAGGAGCAGUAUUAAGAACUACUUGGAGGAAGUAGUGCCUAAUUAUACGGAGGCAAAAUUCAAGAUGCACUUCCGCAUAUCGAAGGAGCUGUUUUUAAAUUUAUCUGCUAAAUUUGAGGAAAGUGAUAUUUAUAAGAGUCUUCGAGUCGAUAAGCAGUUACCAGGGACGACAAACAUGGCGGUUUUCUUAUGGUUUGCCGGUCAUGAGGCAUGCAGCUUUCGCGAUUUAUCCAACCGUUUCAACAUAUCGCUGUCGAGUGUUUCUCGCAUUGUCAAUAGGACGACAAUGUUCAUUAGUAGUUUGAGUCCAGAGGAGACACGAUGGCCUACUGAGGACAAGAAACGAGAGUCGGCAUUCGUUUUUAGCAGAAAAUGCGGCUUUGCAAAAGCAAUCGGUUGCAUUGAUGGAACGCAUAUCGUCAUCGAUCCUCCAGCUGAGCAGAAAGAUGACUACAUUGACCGGAAAGGCAACAUCACCCUUACCAUGCAGGCGAUUUGCAAUGAAAACAAAAAAUUUAUGAAUAUAUUUGUUGGCUUUCCCGGAUCUAGUCAUGACAGUUGGGUUUUCCAGAACUCGCCUAUUUUCCAAAAAUUGUCAUCGUAUUGUGGAGAUUACUACUUACUAGGAGACUCUGCCUAUCCAUGCACUCAGUACGUAAUUACACCGUACAAGGAUAAUGGUCACUUGACACCUGCGCAGAAAAACUUCAAUGUGAAGCUAAGCUCCGGUCGCGUUGCAAUUGAGCAACACAUUUGGACUACUUAAGCAGCGAUUUAGGCAGUUGUACUAUUGUAAACUAAGGGGUAGUAGGAAGUUGUGCCACUUUAUCAAGCGUGUUGCGUCUUGCAUAAUAUUGCAAACGAGAGUGAUUUGGAAUUUUCGCCAGAAAUUUCCAUUGA